AACAGUCAGUAGUAAGCUGGACUCGGUGCGUUGAGGACGCAGUGCGGCAGUGACUCUUUUCCACCGUGCCACGUAAACUUACGCCAUAUGGAGGAUGUGUUGAUGUUGCGGCAGUCUAGGAAAUGCAACAUUGCGACUUUAACUUAACUAGAUAUUCUACGUGUUUAGAACUGUUCGUGAGUUGUUACUAGGUAUCCGCCAAGAUGUUGAUGCAGAGGGUGCUCAAUGUCUUCUCCCAGAAUUCAAACCUGACCCUGUCGGUUGAGAGAUCCAAACCCAAACCUGUUAUUAACGCAGUGCCUCGGGAGCACCACCCACAGCCGCAGCAGCCGCAGCCACAGCAGCAGCAACAGCAGCAGCAUGCCCAUAACAGCAACCACCCGGCCACCACCAGCGCCUCCACCACCACCACCACCACCCCACAUCUAAUCCACGCAGGCCACAACCACGCGGCACUCUGCCCCACCAUGAGUCAACCCCCCAACGGCACCCCGCUGCUCUACCACCACCACUAUAUCCACAUACCCGCCCUGGCCAACUCCCCCAGGCCCAGCCCACCAGUCCUCGACAAUGAGGACGAAGAUGAUGGUGGAGGGAUAUCGGACAGGCUGUACCGGGUAGAAAAGACGGUGGAUGAGAAGGGCAAAGUUGUCUCCAAGGUUCUAGGCAAAGGAGGUUUUGGCACCGUGUACUCCGGCAACAGGGUAAAGGAUGGAGCGCCUGUAGCCAUCAAGUCGAUAGCCAAGGACCGCGUACCAGCUUGGGGAGUGGUACACGGAAAGCGGGUGCCCCUCGAGGUGGCCCUGCUGCUGCGGGUGGCCCACAUUCCGCAGGUUGUCCGCCUCCUCAACUGGGUGGAGAAGGAACAUUCUUUUCUCCUCAUCCUGGAGCGGCCUGAGCCCUGCAAGGACCUGUACGAGUACGUGACGGAGCGAGGCCCCCUGCCCGAGGAUGAAGCGCGGGAUCUGAUGCUGCAGGUGUUGCACAUCGUCAUGGCUUGCCACGCGGCAGGAGUGAUCCACCGUGACAUCAAGGACGAGAACCUCCUGGUCACUACAGAUAGACACGGCCGAGUCACACUUAAGCUCAUUGACUUCGGGUCUGGCGCCUUCUUCAUCAGGGACAAGAUUUAUACUGACUUUGAGGGUACCAAGGUGUACUCCCCGCCCGAGUGGAUUGUGCACAAUCAGUACCAGGGCGUCCCGGCCACCGUGUGGUCUCUGGGCAUUCUACUGUUUGACCUGGUGUACGGAGACAUUCCCUUCGAGUACGAGGACCAGAUCGUGGCGGCCAAGGUGGUGACCCGCCCGGAAGUGUCCGAGGAGUGCAACAGCCUCAUUCGAUGUUGCCUUCAGGUGGUGCCUGACGACAGACCUACCCUGGAGGAGAUGCCUGCAUCACUCGUGGUUCCGUUACAAGGACUCCCUCACUCGAUCCAUCUCAACCCGCAGCGCCCCCGCCUCCGCCCCCUCACUUAUGCCCCACACCUCAGUCACCUCUCCGGUAGGCUCUUUAGGAUCAGUGGGGUCCUCUCAUAGCUCGGGGUCCCUUCCUCCCACACCCAGGACACAAGAUAGAUUGGAGUUUAUCUCGGCGUCCCCUCACAGCAACCAUCCCUCCACAUUGUGACGCCAACGGCGGGUAACCGCCAGCUAGUGUACGUCCGUGCCCUCUGCCACCGCCGACACCACUGUCUGCACUAAAACGCUUGUGUGCUGGUGGUAGUGGACGCUCCGAUGGUGGCGUCCGUGACCAAGCAAGGCGUGGUGGCAAGGGAUGCGCGGUCAGUAUCCAGCAUCAGUGCCCAGCUACCAAAGUCCAAUCGUCGUUAUCUUAGUGAGCGAUACACUUCAUAGCUGCAUCACCCAUCACACCCUCUCACCUCCUAGUAUUGCCUUGCAUUCAUUACCUUUGUUUCAUUUUAUCGUUUACGCGACAUAGAAUUACGUUGUGCUCUCAAGUUGCAGUUUCGGCUAACUGCCUCGAGUACAUUCUGAUCCAAGCAUGUUCAUAUCAUGUUACAUUGUGGUGCGAGUAAGCGUCGCUGUUACGUUUCAGCAGCCCAUCAGUGCACCGUGUUGGUGCACACCAGGUGACGGUAGCGGCCCAGAUGAGGCUUGCCGCUCACUUUCCGGCGCAUUGGUGACCUUUCUACACCUGUAUUUUUCGAUCUAACUUUUUUUCUUUACAUCUUCCGUAGUCGUGUCAGGUUUUGAUAUGAAGUUUCGCCGCCGUCUCUUAAAACCCAAAUGAACAUGAAAAUGGAAUGUAAACGUGUCGCGUCCUUUGGAUUCUCUGACAUUCACCUUCUUACCGAUAAGGUUUCCUGGAGAAUCACGAGGACGUAUUUAUUUCUUCUUGCAACUUUUUAAAAAUUUUCUCAACCCCGUCAAUUUUAGUAUUUAUUCCUCGGCUCCCAUCACGAACACUCCCUCUCCUUCCCCCUCCCCUCCCUCUGACCCUGCCACCCCUCUGCCAGCCCCUCGCCACCCGUACCCCUACAUUCCACAAAUCACCUUGGUCACCCCAGUAUGUGUUGGAUGUAUAUUUCGAGUUUGCUUUCAUUGCCCGCUUGUACAUCAUGGAUCAAUUAUUUAUUGUAUUUAUUGAUGGGCUGAGCCGCUCUGGUAUCAGGGAGCCAAGGUUGGCUACGGGAAAUGCUCUCAGUCUCCUCCUGCAUUAAUUAUUCUCCAUUUAAUUUCUCAUGAGAACGCCACUCAGCGUCCCGUAUCAACUGACGCGACCUGAUCAUCUUGUCCACUGGUGCUACAGAUCAUUCACUGAAAAUAACACUAAUAUUGUAUUCGAUAUUUCGAAGUGUUUUAUUUUGGCUCUAAGAGUCGCGGAAUUUUCGUAUGAAAUAUUUUUCUGUAUUAUUUUGUGUACCAUUGCGUGUUUUACUGCUGUCUGCCAUUCUGUCAGGAGUAUGUUUGUCGCGGCUCAGGAAGCGCCUCGUGGCCUCCGAGGGGUAGAGCGGGCGGCUGGCGGCCUCCUGCACGCCUUGGCCAAAGGGGGGGACUGUCUCCUCCUGCUGGCGAGAGCACCGUUUUGGAACCAAAUUUAUUGCAUUCACAGUAAUCUUUAUGGAGUACGAUGGACCAAACGCUAGUGUGAAGUGUUCCGCCAGCAGGAGGGGAGGCCCUAACGGAUCCCCCGCCACGCUCGCCCCUCCGGGAACCUUCCUCUCCGUGUAAUGCAUUCUAAGUCAACCUUUAUCCUCGCUGUGCGUCAUAAAGGUGCGUCUGUAUAUUUGUGUUGUAAAUUAUGGUAAGGUAUGAAUUUAGAUUUAUUAAGUCUUAUUAUAUCGAUGUAUACGUCCAGCUGAUCAAGUCUCCAGGUAGCGUUGCUUUUUUGGAAGUCUGGUGGGCGCCCUCACUCCUUAGCUGACCAGACUCCCAAGAACACCUUCCCUUCGCCCCGAGUUCCUGUGCUGUAUAAAGAAAGCUUGUUUUUCUCUGUAUGAGGUGACACUGUACUGAGACAAGACCAGUGUGAUCGUCCGCUCGACUUGGCGCCAACGGAGGCUCGAUGUGAGCCCCGGCCAGCGAAGCGGCGCCACUGGAUCAGUCUUGCCCGUGGUGAGCCCUCUCAUAGUGUUGAUAAGAAGUAAACUUUACGUUAGGUGGUGAGGUAACUAUGGUGUCUACUGGAAAAAUGUUUCAUGUUUGGCUGUUAUUUGUUUAACUGUAAGUGCGCGAGGGAAGGAAUUAACAGGAAGCACAACCUCUACCUUUUUUUAAUUUCUUCAUUGCCGACAUAAGGAAAGUAAUGUCCUUGACGGAGACGUACUUUUGAGGCUGUUGCCCCGCGCGACAGGUCAUAAACACCACCAUUGCCCUUAUGCGAGGACAGAGUGAGAGUGGACACACUGCCAGCCAGCCUUACUCCGCUGCCUCGGGUGCUGCUGCAGGCGGCGGUGUCCAGCCGGCACUCAGUCCCCGUCACGCCUCCGUGACUUGUGAUAGCACACAUUAACCAUUAGCACCACACUAUUAACACUAGUAUUGUUUGAGCAGAUUAGAAGGUAAUGCUACGUGAGUUAUUUUUUUUUUACUCUUGUAGGUUAAUUAAUUACGUACGUCGGCUUCUAGUGUUCGUUUUUUACGUUUUUCCAAUUGCUAAAGAAACAAAAGAUCAUUGUGGCUUUCAAAAUUUGUUGAAGCUUUCAUUUUGUAAGAGAUAAGAAUACAUUUGCCUCUUCUCUCACUCCUUACCUGUCCCAAUGCCCGGCAGAUAGACCAAGGCUGCCUAUUCUGCUCCUUCUUCAAUACAACGUAAAGACCUCCCUUCAAGCAGACCACUUAACGAGAGAGAGAGAGAGAGAGAGAGAGAGAGAGAGAGAGAGAGAGAGAGAGAGAGAAAUCUGUAUGAUCUGAUCAGGUGCUAAAAGAAAUGUGCAGGAUUUACUUCACCUGCAUGAGAGAGAGAGAGAGAGAGAGAGAGAGAGAGAGAGAGAGAGAGAGAGAGAGAGAGAGAGCGUGUGUGUCAGAGAAAGAGAGGAUGGUUCCGUAUUCCCAGCGCUUCUAGCUGUAGUGGAAUCGAGAACCAUCAUCUCUCAAGCGAAGUCAGUAAUUGGGAUUGAAUUGUUUACUUUUUAUUAUUUUCUCCUCUUUUGUCAGUAAGAUACGUGGAAGCAAUUCUUGUUCACCAAAAUCCAUAUCAAAGUUCCUAUUUUUACUGUACUGUGAAGUCUGAUGAAUGACCUGUCUCAUCAUGUACUGUGCGAGGAGGCCCCGUCAGUAUCAUUAUUAUCAUAUCAAUAUUUAUUAUAUUUAUGUGAGUGUGAUUAUUAUUGCUCCUUUUUAAUUUAUGUCUCCAUAUAAAAAUGAUUUUCAGCGGUGAAACGACGGUGAAGUGUGUUUGUGUGUGCGUGUGUGUGCGAGAGAACGAUAGGGAAAUAAAAGAGAGGAUCAGAGCACGAGUCGUUUGUCUUCAGUGUACUACGACCAGCACCACCAGUGUUGAGACCAGUGUCACUCCGGGUGUGAGCCGUCACAGUAUUAGGGGUCCGGUGGGCGGCUGGCGGGCGAGAUCGUAUCACUGCCGCCUCCCACUCCCUUCAGACCAACACUCGUUCCUCUGCUCACCAUUCUCUCAGAUCAUGUUAGGCUCGUUCAACAUUGGUCGUAGUGUUACAUACGUACAUGUCUCUUGUCAAAGGCAUCUUCGUUAGUUUCCAUGCGAAAAUUAUUCACACACAGGAUUUUUUAAGUCGGUUUUUUGCUGUCACGCGUGUGAGGGCUGGCAGCGGCGUGUGUCCCGGCCUGAGCGACGCGUCUCAUCCCUUGCUCGUCUACCGUCUCAGAAGUCGUACUGUAUUAUAUUUAUUGAUGAAGUAUAAAUAUAAUAUUUCCCGGAAAUCAUGUUUGUAAGAAGAAGUAUUUUUGUAAAAACGUAAAAAAAUCCAUGUGUAAUGAAUAAAUUUUUAAGUUUGA